UCAGGACUCACUUUCGUCAUAUUUUGGGUGCCAAUUUGCUCUCAAUUGGGCUCACCUGUAAUACUUUUACCGAUAUUUAUAAGCCGGUCCCCAAACCUGAAGAUCCUCGGACAGCUUCCAUCCCAACCACCAGGAGGCAGAUCAUCCUUAGCGGACCUCGCCCACGCCUCAAUUCACUAUUUUGCUCCAUUGUCCAACUUCAUAGAACAAGAUGUCCAAAUCUAAGGACAGCAGCUCCUCUGGGAGCUAUCACCAGGAGUAUAUUGCAUCGCUGCGCUAUCGCAACGACCUACCUCCGCCGGAUAUGCCGCCAAAAUUCCUGGAGAUCCCUCAUGAGGGUCUCCAACGUUUUUUGACCCCGGGCUUCACAGCUAAUCUGGCUCGUCGCGAGGAGCCUAACAUUGAUGUCGACGCCGAGGGCGGUAUGCCGCUCGAUUUGGUUGGAAUUCCUGGUCUUCAUCUCGGCGAUGAGAGUGCAAUUAUGGCUCCUGAGAACCCCGAACCGCUCGACCCUGCUGAUCUCGCACUUCUCAUGACACCGGAGCAGCUGAAGAACCCUGCGCCGAAAAACACCAAUGUCAGUUUCCUCCGUCGCACACAGUACAUCUCUGCCGGGCUUCGAGCGCCAGAUAGUCCCAAGGUCACGACUGUCAGAACAAAGUCGCGUUCCCUCGAGAAGGGCCGUUCACAAGACGAUCCCAUCUAUAUCAAGAAGUACCUCCAGAAGGGUUUCGAUAUCGCAUACCCCAGCAGCAAACAUGUUGGGGAAGAUACAGCAAGCAGCAUUAAGGGUCACAGUGCAACGAAGCUUGAACUCGAUGCGUGGGCCCACCCAGUGCACCCCGAUAAUCCUAAGUUGAAGCCGGUCGGGUUCUUCCCUCUGCUCCCCGAUCUACAGGGAUUUCCCGAUCCGGGAGGUUUUGUUCAGUUCAAAUUCGAUAAAACGCCCAUCCAAGAGGCAUCCAACAAGAGAGACAAGCGCAUGGAUGUCGCGAUUCUACAUCCGUCCGCACCGGAGGAGCGCAUAUGCGAGGAGCACGCGACCAAGGCCGCCUUGCACAAGUCGAAUCCUGAAGUGUACCCUGAUCCUGGUCCCGUUCCCUGGGACUACGAUCUCUUCUUGCCAGAAAAGAAAGAUAUGGCCAAGAACGUGUCUGCAAGCUUGCAGUUGACCAACCCAGAGCGCAAUAAUGAAGAGUUAUAUACUCACGACGGGCCUGACGGCACCAAAUUUCACCGCUACGAUCGUAUGCGUACAUAUGCUACCAGCGCUCAGACCCUUGGCGAUAGUCAAAAGCAGCGCGAUAUUGCGGUGACGCUUUUUGAUCCUUCUGAAUUGCGGGGCGCACAGCGCGAAGGCUUGUCAGCGAGACAGAUGGCCGCUUACUACUAUCCGAUUCUCGGAAAGACGCGCUUGAAGCCCGAGAGAGCUCGAACCAUUGCCCAGGCGGGUCUUGCUCCUACACGGCCGAAGACGAAGGAAGAUCAAGUUGAUCAAAUGCAAGUGGUCAUUCGUGAUCCGGACGAGGCAGAGGUAUACAAGCGAGCUCAGCACAGAGUUGCCAUUGACCCGAAGUAUUCAAAGAGCAUGCCUGCGGCCCCGGAAGAGCCCGAGCCAGAAGCCACUAAGGACGAUGACAACGCUGAUGCAUCUGCUCACCGCCAAGCGAGUCCGGAGCAGGAGCCGACUCCUCACGAUGCAGAUGACGAUGAAAUGAGCGACGAGUAAACCAGGCAUCUCAUCGUUCCUGUCCUACCGCCGCUUCCCCUUCCUCAUAGGGCCAUUAUUAGCUUUGUAUAUCGUUUCAUCAUCCCUUGUAGGUGUUCGUGACACCUAUUUUCAUAUUCUUCGCG